UUCACAAAAUUGAGUAUUUGAUGUUUCAGAAAAAGUUUUUUGAAAAAAUGAAAGCUAAUUUUUUAAUUUUGUUGUGUAUUUUAUUUAUACUAAUUAUGGUGAUCCCGUAUUUUUUCAAAUUUGACUUGAGUUUCAUAACAAAUCUGAGUUACGCAACGCUAUAUAAAAAAUCAUCAAUAAGUGAGAACGUUUAUGAACACAAAUUUAAAUCGCUAAUAGAAAUACACGAGCAUAUUCGACAUCAAAUUCAUAGCUUGCAAGAAGAAGGUGAUUGUGAGAGGAAAAAAAUUUUACUUUGUAGAAAUGUUGAAAAUUAUGCUGGAUUUGGUUCUAACGUACACCGAUACGGAGUAUGUAUGCAAGUAGCGUAUGGAUUGGGUAGAACCUUUUUCAUCCAUCAAAAUGAGUACAGCCAUUUUGAUGGCAUAUUUCAAUGGGUUAAGCCCGAGUCAUCAAAAUGCGGUUAUUUGAAACAAAAAAUCCUUGCUGGCAAACUAAACACUUGUAAUGCUCAAGACCCCUCUUGUUAUUUAAACAAUGGCUACGAUUUAAACAAUACUCAUCAAGUAAUUGAAUUUAACACUUUAAUUAAAAGAAUACCAUAUCCGAGGCACAUACCUGGGACUUUACCUGAAGAAUUAAGAAAAAACCUGCUAUAUCUAAAAAUUGAAUAUCCAUGGCUUUGGUUUACUUCACAAUUUCUUUCUUACCUUUUAUUAAGGCCAAGACUAAAGUUCAACGAAAAAUUAUCUGCUUUAAAAGAACAGAUUAACUUUACCUUACCAAUUGUUGGUUUUCACAUUCGACACGGUGAUAAACUAACUAGUGGCGAAGCUAAGUAUAUUAAUGAAAAUGAAUUUGUAAAUAUAGCAAGAACGUAUUGUAAUGAAUACAACAUCAGCAAAAAACAAAUUUAUAUUGCAACGGACGAUUUAGAAGCAAUAAACAUUACUAAAAACCAUGCUCCAGACUUUCAAACAACAAGUUUACCGCACAGCUACUUAACAAAUGGUUUAGGAUCGUAUUUUCAAAAUAGUUUUCCGAAAGAAAUAAUCGAAAGUACAUUAGUUGACUUAUAUUUACUUACUAGCACCAGUUACCUUGUAUGCGACAUUUCCUCGAAUAUAUGCAGAUUAGCUUACGAGCUAAAACAAGGGAUGCCGCCAUUUAAGCAAGAUAACAUAUUUAAACAAGUGAAUAAAGAAAUGCAGUUUUUUUACUGUUGGUGGGGUCUCGGAUUUCCGUCUUCAAUGUGGAUUAGUAAAAAACCGAAUGAAGAUUCUGAAUAUAAAAGUGAAGAUGGCAAGGUUUAUAAAAUUUUAAAAUACGGAAAAGAUCUGUUUACAGAAAUUGAAACAACUUCAAAUACAAAUGUAUCUGAUUUAUUGUAUUUAAAACGAAUAACUCAAUUAGAGAGUGAAGAAAAUGGAUAUGUAUAUAAAAAAGAUCUUUCGAAGUGGCCAGGAACACCAACAUAUCAUUUUUUUCCCACCGAGAGUACUAAUUUUAUUAAUUAAAAAGUUGUAAAAUAUUUCAAUUUUUAGGCAUCAUAAAGUAUUUAGUUUUAUUGUUUACUUUACAAUGUAAGAAAAAUUGCGUAUGAUGGUUUUUUUUGUUCUACAACAUGUAAAAGCAAUAUAUAGUUUUUCAUUUUUGUAAUACUUUUAUAGAAUAGUUAUAA